AAAAACGAAAACUCACGAUAAUAAAUGACUCUUCGAAGCGACUUUAGGGUUAAUGCCAUAGACGUGACACUCCGAUAAGGUAUAAAUAUAUACUCUUGCGUGUAUGCAUCCGUGUUGUGUAAAUUUUGUAAUGUAGAUGUAAGCAGCUGUUACAGCCGGUGAAAAUAUUUUUUUAAAACAAUAAAACAUAGAUUAAAAAAUGGAAGAAAGUGAAAAAACGUGGAAAAUGAAUUUUUCAUUGUAUAUUAAUAUAUUGAUGUCAAUAUUUGGAUUUAUUGUAGCAAUAAUAUUGAUACCUAGCUUCAAAGAUAAAUUUAUAAAAGCUAACCUAUUUGGUAUUGAUAUGAAUAAAAGGAACGGUGGUAAAGUGCCAGAAGCAUUGGGAGUAGUGAGUGGAUGUAUAUUUCUUAUAACACUAUUUCUUUUUAUUCCAAUACCAUUUACUGAUAAUAUCUUCGAUAAUUCGACUUUUCCCCACCAUGAGUUUGUUGAGCUGCUGGCAGCCCUCCUGUCUAUUUGCUGUAUGCUGUUGCUUGGUUUUGUUGAUGACGUGAUAGAUCUUCAGUGGAGAUACAAACUUCUUCUACCUACAAUAGCUUCGUUACCCUUACUGAUGAUCUACUAUGUUAAUUACAAUGGAACUUUGAUAAUAGUACCAAAACCUUUGAGAUGUUGGUUCGGGCUGUCAGUUAACUUGGGGCUUAUCUAUUAUGUUUACAUGGGUAUGCUGGCAGUCUUUUGUACAAAUGCUAUCAAUAUAUUGGCUGGUAUAAAUGGCCUUGAAGUAGGACAAAGUCUUGUUAUUGCAUUGAGUAUUAUACUUUUUAAUAUUAUUGAAUUGACUGGACCACUGUGGAAAGCUCAUCAAUUUUCACUCUACUUGAUGUUACCAUAUUUUACAACUUCUCUGGCGCUAUUCAAAUACAAUUGGUAUCCAUCGCAAGUAUUUGUGGGCGACACAUUCUGCUAUUUCUCUGGAAUGACAUUUGCAGUUGUUGGAAUAAUUGGACAUUUCAGUAAAACGGUUUUAUUAUUUUUUAUUCCACAAAUUAUUAACUUUUUAUACAGCGUACCUCAACUCUUUCAUCUAGUGCCAUGUCCGCGACAUCGGUUACCAAGGUUGAACAGAGAGACUGGCAAGUUAGAUCCUAGUGUCACGACAUUUCAUAAAUCCCAAUUAAAUAAAUUGGCUAAAUUAAUUAUGGGACUGCUUCGAUUAUUUAAAUUAGUAAAAUGGGAAGAGGAUAAAGACGGUGUCGUUAUUUGUAAUAAUUUAACCCUAAUAAAUUUAGUACUUAUUACAUUUGGUUCGAGAAAAGAAUCAAAUUUAACUGCAAUUUUAUUAAUAUUCCAGGUGAUUUGUACAGCUGUCGCAUUUUCAAUAAGAUAUCCUUUGGCUUCACUAUUUUACGACGUAUAAAUUAUAAUUAACAUGCUUAUAUUCCAUGAUGACAUUCAUCAAACCACCAAAUAAUUAAACUAGUCUAAUUGUAUAGACUUAGAUAUACUCUAAUUGAAUAUAUAUAUAUAUAUUUCUGAUUAAAAAAAAAAAAAAAAAAAAAGUUUUCGAUAAAGGAUUAUAAUUGUAUUUAUUUUUUAUUAAGUCAAAUAAUUAGUUAACAUUGUAAUAAUAAUAAUUAAAAAAAAAAAAAGGCAAUUUGUACAGUGCGAGACUACUCAGAUUUUAUAAGCGUAUAAUAAACACUAUAUAAUUUUACAAUUGU